AUGGCAGCUCAAGCUAAACAAAUUGUUUUAACGAACAAGGCACCCGCACCCAAGCCAUUUCUCUCUCAGGCUGUGACUCUGAAUGGCCUGGUUUAUACAUCAGGAGCCGUCGGCAUGGAUCCUACAACGGAGAAACUAAUCCCUGGAACAACUGCAGAUCGAACUGAACAAUGCCUCAAAAACGUUUCAAAUAUAUUAGAAGCCGCCGGUAGCUCCAUUGAGAAAGUUCUCAAGGUCACAAUUUUCAUCGACGACAUGGCUAAUUAUGCCUCUAUGAACGAAGGUUAUCUAAAGGUCUUUAACAAGGGAGCCAUGCCGGUCCGGACCUGUGUAGCUGUCAAACAGCUGCCCCUUGGCACAGAUGUUGAAAUUGAAGUCAUGGCGCACCAGUAG